AUGAAUAGUCUGUUAUUUCGAUAUCAAACAACGAUUGUACGUAGUUUAUCGACAUUAUCCAAUUAUAUGAAGUCGACGUCUUUCGACUAUGUUGUUUGUGGUGGAGGAACUGCGGGAUGUAUUAUAGGUCGUCGAUUAGCCGAAAACCCGAAUGUAAGCGUUUGCAUUAUUGAAGGCGGGCCAUCUGACGAAGGUAAUGAAACUGUAUUGGACAUCCGAAAAUGGGCUGACUUACUCGGUACUGAUUUCGAUUAUGAUUACGGAAUUGAAGAACAGCUGUUUGGAAAUAGUAAAAUUCGACAUAGUCGCGCAAAAAUUCUCGGUGGUUGUAGUUCACAUAAUGCCGGCAUCGCUUUCAUAGCUCCUGAUGUUGAUUUCGACCGAUGGGAACGUCAAGGUGCACAUGGAUGGAACGCAAAAUCGACACGAAAAUAUUAUGAUCGCGUUUUCGAAAAAGUGAAUCUGGAAACUAUAGCACCUUUAAAUCCACUAAAUGCUGCUUUCAUUCAUAGUUGUAAACUAGUGAACAUACCUGAGCUUGCAAUGAAUUCGGACACAUUUGUUAGUAAGUUUUCUGAUUGCUGCGGGUACAUUCAAUUGAAUGCAAAAGGUUUUUCGCGUUACUCAAGUGCUCGUGCCUAUUUACACCCUCUCUCCUCGUUGCCAUCGAAUUUGACAGUGCUAACGAAUACAACAGUCACCAAGCUGAUAAUAGAUGAGCAGAGUAAAACUGUCACCACUGUUCUCACAAGUGGUGGAGAACAAAUUAAAGUUAAUAAAGAAUGUGUGCUAUCUGGUGGAGUAUUUGAUAGUCCUAAAUUACUCAUGCUAUCAGGUGUUGGCCGCGAAGAACAACUGAAGGAACUGAACAUUCCCUGUAUUGUCAAUUUGCCAGGCGUUGGCGAGAAUCUGCUUGAUCAUCCUGAGAGUGUUCUCAUUUGGGAGUCGAAUUGUUCAAUACCAGAGCCCGUACUUCAGCGGUAUGAAACGGUUCUAUUCACAAAAACUCAGUCAUAUUCCGACUACCCCGAUGCAAUGUUUCAUUUUGGAUUAGAAGCGUACGAUACUCACACAAAAAGCUACGGCUAUCCAACAUCAGAGCAAGCAUUUUGUUGUACGAUUAGCGUGACUCAGGCAAAAAGUGUCGGGCAUGUUCGAUUACGUUCAAAUAACUAUCGCGACCCACUAAAAAUUGAUUUUCAAUAUUUUACCGAUAAACAGAAGCACGAUGAAAGAGUAAUGGUUGCUGCGUUUAAGUUAGCCCGACAAAUUGUGCAACAAUCUCCAUUCGAAAAAUGGAGAAAAUGUGAAAUAGCACCUGGUGAACACGUUCAAACGGAUGAAGAAAUAUCGCAUUACUGUCGACAAGUAAUGAAUACGCUGUAUCAUCCAGCUGGCACGUGUAAAAUGGGCGAUACGGAGAAAGAUGAAUUUGCCGUAGUUGACUCCCAGCUAAAAGUGAAAGGCGUUAAAAAUUUGAGAGUAGCUGAUGCGUCAAUAUUUCCUGAUAUGAUAUCAGUAAAUUUGUGUAUAACUUGUAUGAUGAUAGGUGAAAAAUGCGCGGAUAUGAUUAAACAAGAGUGA